UAUUAAUAUUCUAUCCAACGCCUGAGCUCCUUGUUGUGUUGUCGCCGGCCAAGAGCAACUCGACGGCCCGCAUGAUGGAGGCCUUCAAUCGCUGCUUAGCCUCGCCCGUGCACGAUUCGCGACUUCUAGGGUUAUCCGGACUCCUCUCCGCCCGCAGCCACUGCGGCGUCGGCUUCAUCAGAUCAGCUCAGCCUGCUCGCUUCACUUCGAAGAGUUCGAUUCCCACUUGCAGAACCCUUCGAUGCUCUCCUUCGGCGAUUCCUUUCGAUGUAUCACCUCCUCCAAUCGAGGAAGAUCCCGAACUCAAGAUAGCUGAAGGGGUUGACGGAGAGUAUGAUAUUGCUGAAACAUUUGCAGAUGAUAACAUGGCAAUUGAUGCUGCCUUUGAUGAAGUUGCAAUCGCAGACCUAUCACAUUUUGGGCGUUUAAGAGUAACCGGUGAAGAUAGAGUUCAGUUUCUUCACAAUCAAUCUACAGCAAAGUUUGAUGAUCUAACUGAAGGAGUGGGUUGUGAUACUGUUUUGGUUACUGCAACAGCUCGAACAAUUGAUAUUGCUCAUGCGUGGGUUAUGAAGAAUGCAGUUCUGUUAUUUCUGUCACCUUCUACCUCCAAAAGCAUAACUGAAAUGCUUAACAAGUAUAUUUUCUAUGCUGAUAAAGUGGAAAUUCAUGACAUCACAAAGCAAACAUAUUUUUUUACUCUGAUGGGACCUAAGAGCAGUACAGUAAUGGAAAUGUUAAAUCUUGGAGAUCUUGUUGGGCAACCGUAUGGUACACAUCGACACUACAGUGUAAAUGGAACUCCAGUGACAAUUGGGGUCGGCAGUAUCUUGUUUAAAGAUGGUUUUUCAUUCAUGCUAUCUUCAGCUUCUGCUAGAUCCGUCUGGAGAUCUCUUUUGUCUCAUGGUGCUAUUCCAAUGGGAAUUAAUGCCUGGGAAAGACUUCGAGUUCUUCAAGGGAGGCCAGCCCCCGGCAGGGAGCUCACUAAAGACUAUAAUGUAUUAGAGGCAGGCUUAUCAAUGGCUGUUUCCGUAGACAAAGGAUGUUAUAAAGGGCAAGAGACCAUAUCUAGGCUGAUUACCUAUGAUGGCGUCAAGCAGCGACUAUGGGGAAUUCGACUGUCAGGCCAGGCAGAACCUGGGAGUUCCAUCAUGCAAGAUGGAAAUAAGGUUGGGGUUCUUUCAAGCUACUCGAUUGGCCGAAAAGAUGGGGAUCAUGUCGGUCUCGCCUACGUCAAAAGACGCAUCAAUUCAGCUGAAGUAGAAGUUGGGGAUGUCAAAGGAACACUCAUCGAUGCUCCCUUUUUGUCCUACUCCAAUUUGGGAGAAGGUAAAUCUAUUGCAUCAUGAUGGUUCGUGCUGGAUCUACUUAUUUUGCCACUUCUACAUAAAAGGCUUGGAUUUGUAUAAAAUAAAAUCCACACUUUUAGUAACUCCUUGAGUCUUCUAGGUUCGCUCUAUUUAUAAAAGGAAUGUAAUGACGUUCGUUUAGUAAAGUUUAAGUUUUUUAGACUAUCAAAA